GGUUGCCCGGUUUCAGGAUGGCGGCCUCCGCGAGGAAGCGGCCGAGAGUGACCAAGGAAGCAGCCGCAGAGUCCGAAGGCGGGCUGGACCCUCGUCGCGCGGGGAAGCGGCGACUGGUGGUGAUCCUGGAGGGGGCGUCGCUGGAGACGGUGAAGGUUGGGAAAACGUAUGAACUGUUGAACUGCGACAAGCAUAAAUCAGUGCUGCUACGGAACGGGCGGGACCCUGGAGCGGUUCGACCUGACAUCACCCAUCAAAGUCUCCUGAUGCUCAUGGACAGUCCUCUGAAUCGAGCCGGCCUUCUCCAGGUUUAUAUCCACACAGAGAAGAAUGUCCUAAUUGAAGUCAACCCUCAGACAAGAAUCCCUCGAACUUUCGAUCGUUUCUGUGGCCUUAUGGUUCAACUACUGCAUAAAUUCAGUGUCAGAGCGGCUGAUGGUCCUCAGAAGCUGUUAAAGGUGAUUAAAAAUCCAGUGACUGAUCACCUUCCCGUGGGCUGCAUGAAGAUAGGCACGUCUUUUUCUGUCCCUGCCGUGACAAAUGUUCGUGACCUGGUCCCUGCCACAGACCCUGUAGCCAUCGUUGUGGGAGCUUUUGCCCACGGCUCGGUGAGCGUGGACUACACGGAGAAGACCAUCUCAAUCAGCAACUAUCCGCUCUCGGCUGCCUUGACCUGCGCUAAGAUCACCACAUCUUUCGAGGAGAUGUGGGGAGUAGUGUGAAUUCCCUCACCUGGCUUUUGUGCCAUUGAAUUCAGUGCGCCAGCUCCAGGUGGUGGAAUUAAGUGUGUUGCAGGGUUGUACCUGUUGCAUUCCCCCCUCCCUGUGGGAGAGAUCAGAUAGUCUUGUAUGUUUUGUGGCAAAUAAACAUUUUAAGAUUGGGAGAAAUCCAACUUCUUGAGCAGCUGGAGGACUGUUUCAACGUUAAGCCUUGGCUGAUCUGAUCUUGGCUGGUGUGCAUUCC